UGCCAUAUAUCCAGCAUGAUCUUAGAACAGUUCGAAAGGUCGCCUGGCAUCUUGUCUCUCCACAGCUACCAUGUCCCCCCACGGGCAGCGAGGGGCUCUUCAGGAGGACUGGCAGAUUUGAGAGACACAUUACCGCCCUGGAGUGUGUUCUAUGGCUUUGGAAACGUGUUUUAAUUGGGCAGGGGGUGGGGAAACAGUUGAACUGUAGUUAAAUAGUCAGCUUUCUUAGCUGUUGCCUGUAAGUACCACGUGUGAAAGGCUGUUGGGAUUCUCAGCAGAGUUCCGUGGCAGAUGUAUUUAUUUGUGUGUGUGUGUGUGUGUGUGUGUGUGUGUGUGUGUGUGUGUGUGUGUGUGUGUUAGUUAAUGUGUGUCUGAUCCCCGAAUGUUUCUUUCUUGAGAUUGAAUUUUGAUUGUGUUUGCUUUGUUGUUCUAAACUGCAUUAGCCCCAGAGUUCCUUCUACUAGGGUUUUGAAUAAAACCCGUCUUCUCAUUUUUAAAAGAGAGAGGAAAGCAGUUUGAUCAGUCUUCCGAAGUCUUUCUGUGCUUCUCCCCUCCCCCUAGAGAGGACCGGAGGGGAGGAGCCACUGCUCUAACCGCGAACUUCAGGUCUUCUCUGGAGCGCUGAGCUUCCUGUCUGCAGUCACUCAACUCUGGGCCAUCUUGACUCGCCUGAAGGGUGGAGAGUUGGUGUUUUCCCAGAGGAAGGGAGCGAGGUGGUCUGUUGUCCUCUACACAGGCAUGAGACCUGAUUUGUGAAGCUUGCUGUGCCUUUUCUGGGCUGACUUUUUCUAUUUGUGGGCUGUUUCCGUGAAGACUCCGUCAUGACUCUGCUCGAGCCUGAGAUGCUAAUGAUGGCUGUGCAGUCAGUGCUGCAGUUGAAGCUCCAGCAGAGACGGACCCGGGAGGAGCUGGUGAGCCAAGGGAUCAUGCCGCCUCUGAAAAGUCCAGCUGCAUUUCAUGAGCAGAGAAGGAGCCUGGAGCGGGCCAGGACCGAGGACUAUCUGAAACGGAAGAUCCGUUCCCGGCCAGAAAGAUCGGAGCUGGUCAGGAUGCACAUUCUGGAAGAGACCUCGGCUGAGCCUUCUCUCCAGGCCAAGCAGCUGAAGCUGAAGAGAGCCAGGCUGGCGGACGACCUCAAUGAGAAGAUUGCACAGAGGCCUGGCCCCAUGGAGCUGGUGGAGAAGAACAUCUUACCUGUGGAGUCCAGCCUGAAGGAAGCCAUCAUUGUGGGACAGGUGAAUUACCCAAAGGUAGCAGACAGCUCUUCCUUCGAUGAGGAUAGCAGUGAUGCCCUGUCUCCUGAGCAGCCUGCCAGCCAUGAGUCCCAGGGUUCAGUGCCAUCACCCUUGGAGUCCCGAGUCAGCGAGCCACUGCCCAGUGCCACCUCCAUAUCACCCACUCAGGUUCUUUCUCAACUCCCGAUGGCUCCGGAUCCUGGAGAGACGCUUUUCCUGGCAGAGCAGCCUCCUCUGCCUCCCCAGGCUCUGCUGCCUGCCAGCCUAACCAACGGAACCACCAUCCCCACCGCCAAGCCUGCACCCACACUCAUCAAGCAAAGCCAACCGAAGUCUGCCAGUGAGAAGUCACAACGCAGCAAGAAGGCCAAGGAGCUGAAGCCAAAGGUGAAGAAGCUGAAGUACCACCAGUACAUCCCCCCCGACCAAAAGCAGGACAAGGGGGCGCCCGCCAUGGACUCCUCCUACGCCAAGAUCCUGCAGCAGCAGCAGCUCUUCUUGCAGCUGCAGAUCCUCAACCAGCAACAGCAGCAGCAGCAGCAGCACUACAACUACCAGGCCAUCCUGCCUGCCCCUCCCAAGCCAGCAGGUGAGCCUCCUGGAAGCGGUGCUCCUACCCCUUCACGCAGCCUCUCCACCAGCAGCAGUUCCAGCUCAGGCACCCCAGGGCCCAGUGGGCUGGCACGUCAGAACAGCACUGCACUGGCUGGCAAACCAGGAGCCCUGCCAGCCAACCUGGAUGACAUGAAGGUGGCAGAGCUGAAGCAGGAACUGAAGUUGCGGUCACUGCCUGUCUCAGGCACCAAGACAGAGCUGAUUGAGCGCCUGCGCGCCUACCAAGACCAAGUCAGCCCAGCUCCGGGAGCCCCCAAGGCCCCUGCCACCACCUCUGUCCUGUCCAAGGCUGGUGAGGUAGUGGUCGCCUUCCCUGCGGCCCUGCUGAGCACAGGGUCAGCUCUUGUAACAGCAGGCCUGGCACCAGCUGAGAUGGUGGUAGCCACAGUAACCAGCAAUGGCAUGGUGAAGUUUGGCAGCACGGGCUCCACACCCCCCGUGUCUCCCACCCCCUCAGAGCGCUCGCUGCUCAGCACGGGCGAUGAGAAUUCCACACCUGGGGAUGCCUUUGGUGAAAUGGUGACCUCGCCGCUGACACAGCUCACCCUGCAGGCCUCCCCACUGCAGAUCGUGAAGGAGGAGGGUGCCCGCGCUGCGUCCUGCUGUCUGAGCCCCGGAGGACGGGCUGAGCUGGAGGGAUUGGACAAGGACCAGAUGCUGCAGGAGAAGGACAAGCAGAUUGAGGAGCUGACCCGAAUGCUCCAGCAGAAGCAGCAGCUGGUUGAGCUGCUACGGCUGCAGCUGGAGCAGCAGAAGCGGGCCCAGCAGCCAGCCCCAGCCAGCAGCCCAGUGAAGCGGGAAAGUAGUUUCUCCAGUUGCCAGCUGAGCUGCCCACCCCAGGGCUCUGCCCAUGCCUUUGGCCCUGGCCUGGUGGUUCCCACUACAAAUCACGGAGAUGCUCAGGCCCCAGCCCCAGGCUCCCCACCUCUGAUGGUGAAGCAGGAAGCUGGGCCAGCUGAGCCCGAUCUGGUCCCUGGCCCCCAGCUGCUCCUGGGCUCACAGGGCACCAGCUUCCCCAAGAGGGUCAGCCCUCCUACCCUGGUCACUGACUCUACAGGGACUCACCUCAUCCUCACUGUGACCAAUAAGAACGCAGAUGGCCCUGGCCUGCCCACGGGGAGCCCCCGGCAGCCCUUGUCCCAGCCUGAUUCUCCAGCCCCCGGCCUGCCUGCCCAGAUGGACCUGGAGCACCCGCCUCAGCCCUCGCUUGCAACCCCCACAUCUCUGUUGAAGAAGGAGCCGCCUGGGUAUGAGGAGAGCGUGACUCAGCAGCCUAAGCAGCAGGAAAAUGGCUCCACUAGCCAGCACAUGGAUGAUCUGUUUGAUAUUCUUAUUCAGAGUGGAGAGAUCUCAGCAGAUUUCAAGGAGCCACCAUCCCUGCCAGGCAAGAAGUCACCCCCAGCAGCAGCCUGUGGACCCCCACUAACACCACAACCCUCGCCAUCGCCUUCCAGUGAACUGCCUCAGGCUGCUCCUCCACCGGGUUCCCCCACUCUCCCAGGGCGCCUAGAGGACUUCCUGGAAAGCAGCACAGGGCUGCCUCUGCUGACAAGUGGGCAUGAGGGGCCAGAAUCCCUUUCCCUCAUUGACGACCUCCACAGCCAGAUGCUGAGCAGCUCUGCCAUCCUGGACCACCCCCCAUCACCCAUGGACACCUCUGAAUUGCACUUUGCUCCUGAGCCCAGCAGUGGAAUGGGCCUGGACCUGGCUGUUGGCCACCUGGACAGCAUGGACUGGCUGGAGCUGUCGUCUGGUGGCCCUGUGCUCAGCCUGGCUCCCCUCAGCACUGCAGCCCCCAGCCUCUUCUCCAUGGACUUCCUGGAUGGCCAUGACUUACAGCUCCACUGGGAUUCCUGCUUGUAGCCCUCUGACAAUGUCUGAAGCUGGGGAGCCACAGAACCACAGCCAGUGUGCGUUCCCUGUGAUUGUGAGCCUUGACAAUCACAGUCCCUGGAGGCUGCAUCAGAGACCCUACACUUGGCUCAGGCUCGCCUUGGGCAGGGGACAUAAGCUGUCAAGAAACAACUCUGGGCCCAUGCUGAGGUUUUGGGAGGCUGGUCAGAGCCAGUUCAAUUCGACCUCCUUUUCUGAGGUCAGAGGUGCACACCUGGCUGAAGUUUGGCCCAGGUGGGCCUAGAGCCAACCUGCCUUCCAAGUCUCCCAUUCCUUCACUGCAAGGAAGAAACUAGCCAGGCCUCUACUCACCCAUUCCCUAUUUCAGCCAGCCCCAGGACCCUGUGUCCCAAGAGGUGGCGCUCUGCCAUUUUAGUCUUGGUAUAGUACAACCAUUUAGUGGUUGGUGGCAAAGAUCUGUAUAGGUGUAUAUACCUCUAUAUUAUAUAUCGACUUACAUAUAUACAUAUAUUUUUAGGGGUGGUGGGAGAUGGGUGUGGCUACCUCCACCUGCUUUCACAUGUAAAAGGCCUGGAGGGCUGCUUGGGGCUUGAUACAGGGUCAUCAUAAGGAGUUGUAUGCUAUGUGGCCCAGUAUUUAACCUGGCAUGCAGCUGCCUAGGCCCACCCCACACAUGUAUGUGACAUGUAGACAGACACCUGCCAUUGCCUACACGCCACCCUGCCCUGCUUCCUGGCUCUGUAGUGCCACAAGGGCAGAGGUGCUUCCUGGUCCUCCCCCAGGAGCUCUACCCACCCACAUUCCGUCCCAUCUAUUUCCUCACUGCAGCCACCCUGGCCUGGGGGUGGGGGUGGGUCCCCCUGCUGGGGGCUAAGGGUACCUUCUGCCCAACACCAGCCUUGUUCUGCCCUGAUUCAAUACAGAGUAGGGAUGGUGCCAUCAAAACCAAUGCUGGGACAAAGGUGGGAAAGCUGUGUGAACUUUUUAAAAUAA